AUGUCCAUGGAAGAGAGGGCUGAGAUCUACAUUGGGAACUCUCGACACAACAACGGCACCAGCAACAAGCUGGUUUAUAAUAUAUCCAAGGUGGAAAAAGAGAAAAACAAUUUUUUCCCAUUUGCUUCAGUGCUGGGGCGCUACAUCACUGUCAUUCUUCCAGCAAGCAAACCUGCGGUUUUAUGUGAAGUGAACAUCACAGGCAAUGAGAUAAAAUCCCCCUUUGUAUUGAUCAAGGAGAACAAGAGCUGGGAAGAAGCCCUGUACUACUGCAGAGAUCACCACAGAGAUCUGGCCUCCAUCCUGGACCAGGAGACUCAGGCCUUUGCUGAGCUGGAGGCUGAGAAGGCCAACAGUCCCUUCGUGUGGCUCGGCCUUCACUACACCUGCACCCUGCAGUUCUGGUUCUGGGUGGAUGAUAACACUGUAGAGUUUGAACUCUGGGGUCCGAAUGGCCAAGAAGAAGACUGUGACAUGAGUGGAGCCAUGAAGACACAGGAAAACCAUUCCUGGUUCAGCAAGUCUGAUUAUGAAGAGUUUAAUUUCAUCUGUUCAUUGCAGUAAGAUUUCUGACUGCCACAUUGUUUUAAUUUUAGCAUCAAGCUUUUUUCAAUAUAAACAGCUCUUUGUUUUAAUAAUUUAAAUCUUUUAGAAGUGUUAUAUAUUACACUUGCUAUUCUGGCUUCCACUUACUGUAUGUACAUUGCUCAAAAAAGUAAAGGAGCACCUUUUAAUAGUAUAUCAAGUAUAUCAAGUCAGGUAAAACUCUGGAAAAUAGAUCUAGUCAGUUCAGUAGAGGGGGUGUUGAUCAGUGUCACUGACACCACCAGGCUGCACCUCACACUAUCUUGUAAGGAGCCCUGAUGGUGUCAAGCAUGCAUACAAGAGCAUUGGUGCAAUAAAAAUCUGAGUACCAUUUAGAGUUGCUGCAGUGACAUUUCAGCUAAUUGAACUAAUCUGCUGCAUCAGUUUUGCAGUUUCACUUUCUCUGUGACUUCAGAUUAGCCCCUCAGUGAUUUUAUAAUUUACAUUUUUAUCAAACUAUGUGGCAUCCUUUUGUUCGUAACACAUUAUCAAUUCCACGUCAGCACUGAUAUCUAUCAUGAUAUUGUUCCCAAUUGAGCCUCUGAUAUGUUUUCUAUGUGUUCAUUUACUAUUUUGACCAGUAUGAAUGUCCCUAUACUACCUGGAUUCUGAAAUAAUGGAAAGGAAAAAAGCUAUGUAAUCUUUUAUUUUGUGUAACAUUUCCUUUUUGUCACGGCAGUUGAAUAAAUGCUGUAAUAAGCAUAAUUUCCUCUGUGCAUUGUAAGAAAACAACUCUAAAUUGUGCUGUUGGAUGGGGUUUAGCGGUGGCUUUGUGCAUUCCUUAAAUGUAAAUCUGUGAAGGGACUGUAAUGCUCUCAUCAAACUCUUGUACCUUUAUAU